AGUAGUUGCAUGGAACACAAUUCAUUACUUUAAAACAUAAAAAAAUAAAAACAAUAAUUACUCACAUAUACUACAAAUGGAGACAGAGUAUGAGAUACGCACGGCUUGCAAAUACGAUAUCGAGCUGCUUGAGGCGCUCUUCUCCUCGAAAUCGGCGAAAUACAUUGGCGAGAAGCGAGAGCCGCCCUUAAAGCAGCUAUUCCAUGAAUAUCAAACUCAUCGCCUGGUCGUCUGCAAACCAAAGGAUCCUAAGGCUAUAUUGGCAUAUAGCGAGUUUUGCAUAUAUCCAAAUAUACCGGUGCUCUCAAAUGACUGCUGGCCACAGUGGCUAAAAUGUCGUUUUUGCGUGGAUCUGCCCAUUACGCUGAUGAAUACAAUAUUUUUUAAUUUUUACAUACAUAUGGCGGAAUAUGAAGAUAUUUUGAGACAACUCUUAAUGGAGGUAUUUUAUCGUGAGCACAAAGUAUCUUUUUUAGUUGUAGCUAGGCCCCCAAACUAUUUACCCAAGGAAUUUGAGGAGCUGGAAAGCAUUGGUAAGGUCUAUUAUCCCAUUGCGUUUGAUAUGUUCUCAUGCAAAAAUCUGCCGAAUAUUAUUGUAAUAACGCGCAGAAAAUUAAUGCCAUCCGUAUCUUUUCGUAAAGCCCUACCUGAGGACAAUGAUGAUAUUGUUGACAUGGUUGACGUCCAUGAGCCGAAAAUGCGCAAAGAGCAUGGAGAUUACUUUGUAGCCGAGUUGCUUCUGGGCACAGCCGGUGGCAAUAUAGAAAGGGAUCAAAUUAUUGUUACAGAGGAAGCCGGUUCCUCAGUUGAUGGUAGCACGGGUAUGAUGUGGCUCACGGAGGAGGUGGACAUCGAGGAGUUGAUUAGGAACUUUGAUCUGGAGAGCUUGGGCAACCUGGUGACAUGUACUCCCGAUGUGCCACACGCCACUGUGCAAUUCAAUGUCUUCACGGCAGAGCAGCGGCAAUAUUUUAAUCUCAAGAAAAAUUUGAAUUACUUAAAGCGGCGCGGUGUCUCGCUGAGAAAAGGAAGUCAACGCAGUGUCUAUUCCCAAAAUGAUACCGGCUUACUGGGUGCAUAUGAGCGCCUUUUCACAAAAUUCAAAUACAUAACAGAUGAGCUAUGUAAUAGCAGCAACUAUUUGGACAAAGUACCGAAAACUCUGAACAUAUCAUUUGAUUUGCCGCCGCGCAAGAGCAUGAUCAAGAAUAAGAAAUACUGCCUGAACAAUGCCUCCCGGGCGUUUCUGCUGAAGAACUUCAUACUGCACCCGAGUCUCAGACUGGAGUACUCUUAUUAUUACAUCUGCGCGAUGUUUAGCGCAUAUCCGGAUCGUGAUUAUUGCGUGGUGCCUGUGUCACCCAGCGAAAAUAAUUCCGCCAGCCUCUGGGCGUUACUUAAGUACUUUAUACGCGUGCAACAUCGCCCCAGCUCCGAAAUGUCCGACGAGGUCUUUGUGGCACAUCGGUGUUCCAUUAAUACAGAGCUCAGUAUCUACCACCUGGCUAAGGAUGACAUCGACGAUGUUAUUAAGCUGAUGAGUGUUAACAACCCAACCAAAAUUAGCAAUGAGAGCCUAAAGAGUGGCCUUGAAUCGCAUAUCCAGGAGACGGUCAGCCAUCAGAUUAAAAUCGUUAAGCAGAUUAGCUCCGAUGUGCUGUAUAACCCGAUGUCCGAGUUUAGCUUCUGGGUUAUACGUUGCGGUCACACGAGCAGGGAGAAUACCACGACUGUUGGUUUUGCUAUAUUACGUCCGUUCUCGAACUACGAAGCGGUGUAUAAGCAAUUCGUGCUGCCCCACGAUGAAGACUACAUGACCUUUGACCGUUGCGAGCUUGUAAUGCUGCGUCUGCAUCCCUACUUUCACAUGUGGUCCGAUGAGGUGCUGCGCACCGUGGCCAUAAGAUCGGGCUAUCGGGAAAUCUUCUAUUUUCAGGAAAUCAUCGGAGAGCCCUUACCAAAUGAUUUGGCCCAAAAAAUGAUGCCAGUGGAGCCGCGUCGCAUGCGUAGAAACUGGUUCAUAGACACCCAAAGCGAGCAUUGUUACAGGCGUUCGUCGACACAGGUGGAUCUUUCGAAGAUAAACUGCGUCAUGGAUCAGUUCUAUUUGUUUCGACACAAUCUUUUUCCCUCCAAAUUCAUUGGCAAUCAAAAUCCUAUAGUUAUCGUCGGCUUCUCGGACAUAUGCAAGGCUUUUCUGCGUCUCAUGGUUUUUGGCUGGAAUACGCCCGACUACAAGAACGUGAGUGUAAACAACUGCCUGCCUGUUGUGGAAAUAACAGUUAUUGUCGAAAAUGGCGAGAUCGAGGCGGAGUACGAUCCCAAUGUUGCGUGCCAAUACUGUGGCCGCAAAGAGGAAUGCUAUUUGAGCAAUAAGAACAGUUGUCCCUUUGUAAUGGACACUACACAACGCCUGGAUAUGCGCAACUGGAUCAACUUUGUGUCUGGAAAGGUAUCGUAUAUUAAUCGUGAUGAAAAGUUCAUUCGUCUGGAUAACAACUGCAAAAUUUUCUAUGACAAGCUGCUGCUGCUGUGUGAUACCAAGUUUGGAUUGCCUACGCUGGGAAGGAUUGAUGAGUCCCAUCAUAUAACCUAUCCAUAUAACUAUGCGCACAUCAAUGGACGCCUAGACAAGAUUAUGCUAUAUCACAAGCUCGAGGAGCUGAACGAGUGUGAGUUGUCCAAAAAAAAGGUUAUCAUCUAUGGCUACACCUUGGCUCUAUACGAGUGCAUUGACUUCCUGCUGAAGCAUAACUGUCGACCCGAGAAUAUUGUGUAUGUACAGCCGCAUAAGGUGAUGGAGCCCGAGUAUUUAAAUAAUCCCACAAAUGACAAGAACCUGGACAACAUACUGGUGCAAAUGGUUUCUGAUCUUGGCAUUAGAGUCCACGAAUCAGCCAAUUUUAUGAGCUUUUCGUUGUUUACAAAAGUGAACUUUAUUGAUAAGGUCUACUUCAAGCUAUUACCCAGCGGAAAUACUCUGUCCUUGUCCUGUAGUAUAUUUAUCAAUUUUAUGGAGAACUAUAUGCCCAUGUCCAUAGAACGAAUGCUUCUCAACAGUGAUAUUAAUAUGAAGAAUCGCAAGAUACUUGUCGAUGAGGAUUAUUGCACAAAUGAUCCGAAUAUUUAUGCGGCUGGCAAACAUGUAACCUUUCUCUGGGAUUCAUUCUAUCAGUACAUCUAUACCAGCGAAUGCGAGAUGGCCCAAAAGUUGAUAGACAUACUGCAGCUGAGCCAGGAGCCGUAUACCAAGGAGCGCAAGUUUAGCAAGCCAUGUUUAUUUCACUGUCUACUGCCCCUGGGUCAUAUGGUCAUCAAGAUAACUGUGCCCAAGCGCUUUUUACUGGGCAAGCUCUCAAAUGAGUACAGCCAAUUCAUGACUAGCUACUCCAGCUCAGGUGAUUUCUUUCGCGUUCGCAUGAGCCAGAAUCUGAUUGUAGAGGAAAUGGUGUGCGUUACACGUAAGCUAUAUAAGCCUCUCUAUUUUCUGGAGUUCUUUUGCGGAAAGCAUGAGACGCUGCUUAAUAAUAUGUAUAGUCGUUGGAAAAUGGGUCUGCUCAAGGAUUUCGUUAGCUUUUUUGAGGCGCCCUGGACCGAAUAUCUAAUGCACGAUCGUUUCGAUGACAUGCAGAACAAAAAUCAUUCUACGCUCAUCACGCUGCUGCAGCACAUGUACUUCAUCAAGGGCAAGGGCACAUGUACUUCGUCAAGCGCCAAGGGCGUGAAUUUUGGCAAUUCCGAUUUCGAUGAGGCAUGCAAACAUUUUCUGGAAGCGAAUCUUCUCAAAUUUCUGCGCAAAUAUCGUAAAGAGUUUGUCAACGAAUUUGUCUUGCCCGAGGAUUGGGAGAUAGAGAAACAGGUUUAGCCAUGGGCGACAUUUCAUAUG